AAUUUGAGGUCGGUGGGCGGGUCGAGGACCAGGAUCUGCUCGUGCUUCGCCAUGGCCCCGGAGGCGGACGCCAUCGGAGAGACAGCGCAGAGCGGGGGCGCGCCCGCGGCGGCGGUUUGCUGGCUGGGGGCGGGGGGCGGCGGCGGCGGCGGCGGCGGCGGCGGCUCGGCCGAGCUCUACGAUGGGGCCGGCUCACGGCGCCCGAACCCCCGACGCCUGCCGCUCUGUGGCCGGACCCCUGGGCCGCCCGCUGGGUCAGCAGCUCCGGGCCUCACAACUGACUCAACCCCACACCAGCCGCCGCGGCCACGCGCACUGCGAUCCUCGGCACCCCACGUGACGGCCUCUGCGUGCUUACGUGCGCGCCCCGGCGGCCGGGGGCCCCUAGCGCCCGUCCCGCCCUCCAGUCCUGCCCUGCGCGGCGCCGGCCACUGCGCCUGCGCGCUCGGGGCCUCGCGGCCGCUCGGAGCUCGAACUGUCAAGGGAACGGGUGUGGAUGGAGGGCGGAGCGAAGCCCCGUGGCAGCGACGCGGUGUGCACCGCGGGGCGGGAGGGCGCAAUCCUCGCUCACGUUUAGUUCCGACGGCGAAGCUGGAGAACCGGCUGUUAGCAGCGCAUUACUGUCUUCCAAGUGGGAACGCUUAAGAGAAGGAGAAAGUAGUCAGGCUCACUCACUACAACUCCCGGCAUGCCCGUGGGGCCCGGUCUUUUUGCGGCACUGCGUGAUGCUUGCCGGGAGUUGUAGUACUGGCUGUGGGUGGGCGGGAAGGGUGAUGAGGUCCGUUGGAGGCGCUUGGGGUGGGCCGGCUGACAGCCGUUUUUGGCUCUCAGCGUCUCGUCUGCGCUGAAAAACAAAAAAAUUAAAAAAAAAAAAUUUAAAAAAAACUUUUGAAAACUGACCUGAGGUCCCCCGCCUAGAAAUAUAAAACCAAGAUUUCUGAAAUUUCUAAGUCCACCCAUCCCUCUACAUUCUCCGUCGUUUUCCAGCGGAACGUCUGCCGCUUCCUGAAUUGCAUCCAGCGAUGCGGAGCCGACGGAGGAAGCUGCCCCGGGUCAGGAAGCCGCCGCCGUCGGGGAGCCCUGACGAAGCACCCUUACCCAGCUGCAAGUGGGGGUCCCCACCCACCCCGUUGGGUUGCGGGCGCCUGGUCUUCGGUUUUGUCAAGUGACGGGCCCAAGCCACGUUGUCGUGUUGGAAGCGAGUUCGGCGGAUGGUCAAACUGAGCGAGGGAGGAAAGCCCCGGGAGCGAAGGUGUGACGGUGGAUGUGCCGCGACUGAGCCUGAGGUGCGGCGGCCACCGGAGCCCCCAGGAGGCGCCGCAGAGGAGCGGCGGGGCAGCCGCGUUGGUCCGGAAUGAGCGUGGGCACGAGGGCCGCCUCGACCCGCGCGCUCGGUGCAGCCGCGCCCGUGUGGGGUCAGGCCCUGAGGCGGCGCCCGCGGCGGACGCUACCUCCGACGGGCACGCAGCCUAAGCCGUGAGAGCCUCGUUCGAAAGUGCGUUCUAAUUUCCCCUUUCCUCGGAUUUCUUUUCUUUUUUUUUUUUUUUUUUUUCCCCUUGGAUUUAUUUUCGUUCACGAAAUUUAUCUUGAGAUUUCAGUCAUCGUCCAGGGACAAUACCACAACUGGGCGUUUGUCAAGAGAGGCUGACGACCACCGCGUGGGACGGGGUCUCACACGCGAUCAGCGUGAGGAGACGGCCCGUCGGCGGCCACAGACGCCGGGUUUCCGUGGGCAGAUUCGCCUGGGCUGAACCGGCUGCUCCGCCGCCAGAUGGACGUCGUCGCCCCGACCGACCGACCGGAGAGCGUCUGAGGAUCCCGGGCCCGCGUGCUGCGGAAGUUCCCGCGCACUCCCCAGGCGCCGGCGGCUCGCGUUCGCCCUGAAUUCCAUGGGAAGGCUGAAGUGCAUAUGCUCCAGUUUUCCAGCCUGAUGAAGCAGCCCGGGCCUAUUUUUAAGCCAUGACCUUUGAAAUCGACUGUUUUUGUCUCCUCGAGGUGACUUCAGAUAUCAUAUAGUCUUAAACCUCUAUGAGAAUUUAAAUAUCUGGUCAUCUGAGAAUACCUGAAACAUCUUUGGAAUAAUUCCUCUGUUCCUGUUUUAGAGCACUGCAUUGAUAAUGAUUCAGAGUUCUCCCGAAUCAUCGUAUCCCUCAUUGAACAGUUCACUAUUGAAGAGGUUUCUGCUUUGGUAUUUAUUAACGUCUUCUAGCAGUUCAAAGAGCUUUACAGACAUCGUCACACCCUUCUCAGAACUACCAAAUAACAGCAAGUUGUACUUUUAUUGUCAAAUAUGGGGAUGAAAACACAGGUUACGUUGUUGGAUAAUUGCAGAGAAUGAGGCAUCAAGGAAGCCAAGAGUGGAUCAGGAAGGAGGUCAAUAGGGUGGAAAUCUGCUGAGCCAUUCUAGAAGGCAAGAACUGCAAACCACUCUCCUGACUAACAGGAUGCUGAGGGUAAAACAGGAAUAAAGCAGUCACUGCACACAAGGAUCUGCCUAAAACAGAGAGAUACGAUAAUUAGAGACUAAUCACAAACUACAAUAUGUACGAGGCCAGAAAGUAUCACAGGGAUGCAAUAUCAUGUAAAUGUGGAUUUGUUGGUAGUACUUAUUGUAGCACAUUUGUAAGACUUCAGUGAGAAAUAUAGAUUCCAAAAGAAGGCAGAUGGGCGCUUCACCAGAUAAAAUCAAGGCUGGAUGAAGAGUUAGAAAAAAAAGACUCAAUCUUGGGGAUUUUUCUUUUUAUAACCACUUAAAGCAGUUAAAACUGUAAGAUUAAUCAUCUUUGUUUAUGAAAAAUCACUUGAAGAAUAUGUGUUUUCUCAAUUAAUCUUUCAUACUGUAAAAGCAGUGUGUGCCAUUGUAACAAAUGACAUAAUCCAAAAAAAGCAUAUGGACAGAAAGUUUCUUCCUACACUUCCCAAUUUCUACUCCACUUACUCCACUUACAGUAACCAGUUUAACUGCCUGAGUUGUGUAUCACUCUAACUUUAUCUAUACUUAUAAAAACAUAGCUAGUUUGCUUUUUUGGUGUACUUUUUUAACAUGAAUUCUAACAUAUUACCAGACCAUUGCUUUAUUCACUUUACAGUGUAUUAUCUGGCCAGGUCAAUAGGCAGAGACCUAACUCAGUUUUUAACAGCUAACUCCAUAGAAUAGAUGAUCCUACUAUAGAACCACUUGUUCCAUUAUUGAUCAACAUGUAAAUUGAUCUAGGCUUUUAUCACAACCAAUAGCACAGCAAUAAACAUCCUUAUGUGCA